AUGCAGCUUAUUUCGUCAACAUCGCUGCAACGGAUAGGUACUAUCCUGCUUCUAAUUAGUAAUUUUACACAAGGACAAGAGUGUGGGCAAGCAGAUUUUGAUGUUCUUGAUUACAUCGACCCGUUUAUCGGGACAGCGAAUGGAGGACAUUCAUUUGCUGGAGCAACGUUGCCAUUUGGCAUGGCCAAAGCGGUUGCGGACACCCAGGGCGAAAAUCAAGGUGGAUUUGCGUUUGACACGGUAACGGUAACCGGCUUUUCACACACACAUGACUCUGGUACUGGAGGUUCACCCUCGAUGGGAAACUUCCCCAUAUUCGUCCACCCUAGUUGUCCAGGGAGCAAUCUUACUGGAUGUAGCUGGAGGUCAUCAGAUAGAGCUGUGGCUUGGAAACAAGGUUCCGCGAAGGCUCGCCCGGGUUAUUUCGGUAUCUCACUAGAGAAUGGUGUUCGUGCUGAGAUGACAGUGACGAACCAUUCCGCCUUGUAUCGGUUCACCUUUUCCGAAGCUAAUUUGCAAUCGCUCGACCCUGUCAUACUGGUCGAUAUUAUAGACCUACCUCUAUCACGGAAUCGAGGCACGGCUUCGGUAGAUCCAUCCACAGGCCGAUUGACAGGAAGUGGAAAUUUCAACCCGAGUUUCGGCAUCGGUACAUACAACGUUUACUUUUGUGCCGACUUUAAAGGCGCCAGUGUGCGAGAUACAGGAUCAUGGAAGGAUAAUCGAGCAACGCUAGGUCAGACAAAUGUUUCGGUAACAACGGACUCGACACAUCCCGCGACUAGCUUCUCUGCUGGGACAUUCACGAGGUUCCACCCCCCAACUCAAGAUGAUGGCAUUCUAGCAAGGGUUGGCGUGAGCUUUGUUAGCGUUGAACAAGCGUGCUCCAAUGUGGAGCAAGAGCAACCCGACUUUGACUUCGACGCAACAGUAAUGGCUGCCGAGUCUGCGUGGAGGGAGAAGAUGGAGGUUGUAAAAGUUGACGCGCAGGGUGUGUCAUCCGAACUUCAGACAAUUUUCUGGAGUGGGGCCUACCGUGCAAUGAUUAGUCCCCAGGACUAUACAGGCGAGAACCCGCUUUGGGAGAGUGAUGAACCGUAUUAUGAUAGUUAUUAUUGUAUUUGGGAUUCUUUCCGCGGUAUCCAUCAAUUUUUAACCCUGGUCGACCCACUCUCCCAGUCCCGAAUGCUGCGAAGUCUGGUGGACAUAUACCGCCACGAGGGAUACCUACCUGACUGCCGAAUGUCCCUCUGCAAAGGAUAUACUCAAGGUGGAUCAAAUGCGGACGUGUUGAUCUCUGAAGCAUUCUUGAAGGGUAUUACCGAUGUUGAUUGGGACACAGCAUAUAAGGCUAUUGUGAAGGAUGCAGAAGUUGAACCGGAAAACUGGAACGUUGAAGGCCGUGGUGGCCUGCAGAGCUGGAAGACCCUCGGGUACAUUCCAAAGAAUGAUGCGGACCCAGGUACAGAGGGGCUUCGUACCCGGAGUGUCUCCAGAACAGUGGAAUACGCAUAUAACGAUUUCUGCAUUGCCCAGAUGGCUGACCGGAUGGGUCAUGAUACCGAUCGUGAUAAAUAUCGCCAACGCUCUAAUAACUGGCGGAAUGUGUUCAAAGCGAAUCAAACAUCAGCUAUUAACGGUGUGUCUACAAACUUCACCGGGUUUCUGCAGCCUCGCAAUGCCGACGGCACCUGGUCCUACCAAGACCCCAUAUUUUGUAGCCCGCUUUUAGACUUUACGUCUUGCUACUUGAAUGCAGAUGGACACGAGACAUAUGAAGGAAGCUGCUGGCUAUAUACGUUCUUUGUACCGCAUGAUAUGGCGUCUCUUAUCACUACGCUCGGCGGACCUGAUCAAUUUGUCUCACGACUAUCAUUUCUGCAUGACUCGGGUCUACUCUACGUUGGUGAUGAACAGGCUUUUCUGACGGUAUUUCAAUUUCACUACGCGGGCCGACCUGGUAUUUCUACUAAACGCGCGCAUUCAUAUAUCCCAUCACAGUUCAAUGCGUCAGUCCGAGGUAUUCCUGGCAAUGAUGACAGUGGAGCAAUGGGGUCAUUUGCCGUUCUCAGCAUGAUAGGUCUCUUUCCUGUGCACGGGCAGGACGUGUACCUGAUUAACCCACCGUUUUUCAAGGAAGUCAGCAUUCGAAACAAUAUCACAGGCAAAGUGGCUAUGAUUCGCAACAUUAAUUUUGACCCGAGCUAUAGAUCGAUAUAUAUCCAACGUGCUUCACGCGAUGGCAAACCGUGGACCAAAAACUGGAUCACCCAUGAGUUCUUCACUAAUGGCGGAACUCUGGAACUGGAGCUGGGCUCUACAGAGAGUGAUUGGGGGACAAAAAUCGAAGAUUUGCCGCCUAGCAUGAGUGAUUACCACUGGAUUAACCGGCUCUAA